AUGGCUCCGGCUGCUCAAGAUGUUCCGUUCGUCAUUGAUACAGUGCUAGCAGCAGAACCGGUUGCCGGACAAAUUUUGUACGAGACCGUGAACCCUAUUGGUUUUCCCGGCGCCACCGUGAGACCUAUUGGUUCUCCGGCUGCUGAGGAUAUUCCGUCCACUACACCUGUAGUCUUCCGCAACGAAAUUUCUCUUUUUCCGACUUCUUCUCCCACAACUGAAACCACAGUUACUGACUAUUUCGCCCUCGACGUCAGCGAGAAGGAUGUUUCAGAUACUCCGGUUCCAUCACCGUCGGUUUCUUCGUUUGUGACGCCCGUAAAACAGCAGGAGAGAACACUCGAAGGAAGCUGGUUUCGCUCUAACUGCCGGUUUAGAAGUCCCAUGCUUCAACUCCAUAAAGAGAUUCUUGAUUUUUGUGAUUUUCUCUCGCCAACGCCGGAGGAACAGGCAUCUAGGAAUCAAGCUAUAGAUGCUGUUGUUGGUGUAAUUAAGGUUAUUUGGCCAAAGUGCAAGGCAGAAGUUUUUGGUUCAUUCAGGACAGGACUUUAUCUGCCUACAAGUGAUAUCGAUAUUGUGAUUUUGGAGUCACAUAUUAAUCGUCCUCAACUUGGCUUGCAAGCUCUAGCUCGAGCCUUAACGCGGGAAGGAAUUGCGAAGAAAAUACAGGUCAUUGCUAAAGCUCGUGUUCCAAUAAUCAAGUUUGUGGAGAAAAAAAGCGGCAUUUCAUUUGAUAUUAGUUUUGAUGUUGACAAUGGACCUAAAGCUGCUGAGUUUAUCCAGGCUGCUGUGACUAAAUGGCCCCCGCUCCGACCAUUGUGUUUAAUUUUGAAAAUUUUCCUACAGCAAAGAGAGUUGAAUGAGGUGUAUACUGGUGGUAUUGGUUCAUAUGCUCUGCUUACUAUGCUAAUAGCAAUGUUGCAGAACUAUUAUCAUCGCGGAACUUCUCCAGAACAUAAUCUUGGAGUUUUGUUGGUGCAAUUUUUUGAUCUUUACGGGCGCAAAUUGAAUACAUCCACCGUUGGGGUAUCUUGCAGCGGGGAAGGUACAUUCUUUUUAAAGAGUAGAAAAGGGUUUGUUGUGAAUGGCAAGGGAAUGCUUAUCUCCAUUCAAGACCCUCAGGCUCCGGAAAAUGAUAUAGGCAAGAGUUCCUUUAACUAUUUCCAGGUUAGAUCGGCUUUUUCAAUGGCUUUCACCACCUUGACCAACACCAAGGUCAUUUUGAGCCUCGGGCCCAAUAGAAGCAUUCUUGGUACCAUUAUUCGUCCAGAUGCGAAACUCUUAGAAAGGAAAGGCGGGUCAAAUGGGGAGAUAACAUUUGAGAAGUUGCUUCCAGGUGCAGGAGACCCACUACCAGAACAAAAUGGUAAUUUAAGGGAUAUUUACUGUAACUGGCAGUUGGAUGAUGAGGAUGAUGAGCCACUCCCUCGAGAUUUCAUAAUUUCUGAGCAUGGUGAUGCAGAUUCCUCAGGGAAGAAGAGGAAGAAAUCUGGAACAAUGAAGAAAUCUGCAAAGAAGGCAAAAAGGAAUGGGGAGAUAGGUAGCGUGGGACAUGAAAGGAAUGGCUUUAGAAAAGACAAAGCCAUCAAGAAAGCAUUAGAGGCAUCAGCAAGAUCGUGA